AUGCGACGACUAGUAUUCCCUAUAUUAUUAUUUACAUAUUUCGCUUAUUUCGUAGCCGCUAAAAAUAAUGGACGUAAAUUACUGACUUGUGUGAAAUGUCUUGGAAAUGAUACUGCUUGUCAAGAUAUAUGUCCCGGCUAUUUUUGCUACAAAAGUGAAAUUCAUGGUCACUCAAUGAAACUUGUCAAAAGAGGAUGCCUAAAUAAUACAGAUCCAUUAUCGAGAGUAAAUGAGUGCACUCUUCGAGAAAAUCAUGUUGGUGGCCUUAUCAUUACAGAGAAUUUCUGUAUUUGCACAAGUGACAGGUGCAACUUGUCAUCAGUUCACUAUGCUGCACUGAUCUAUCUAUUUGUCGCCCUUAUUUCUGGAUUAUCAUAA